UAGUGAGCAAACAGUGACCGACAUAUUCGGGAUUUACAGAAGAGCUCGUCCAGUGCAUGUGUUUGUCUGCGAGUCCACCGCGACCUCCACCCGGUAAGCCCCGCAGAGAGCACAGUCAUGGCGCCCUUGUCGUCACCCCUGGCGUCUCUCCUGAAGCACAAGGACUUUCUACAGAAGGCGUCUCUCUUCUGUAAUGUAUUACAGAGUUUACACCAUCCGCCAUUCACACCUCUCGUAUGGAAACGGAAUUUCGGUGCAGUAGCGCAUGGGGUCGGUAAACUCCUGUCACACCAACCAAGAAGCACAAACUACGCAGCAUGUGUGUGCAGCAGCUCUGCAGACGGGCAGGUCAUGACCGAGAGGCUCAGGUCUGUUUACAAUGAGACCAAAAGGCAGACUGGAGAUUUGAUCCCAGCCAUUACCGCCAAUGCAGUCAACCCUGACACCAUUUUUGCCAACAAUGAGAUGAGCCUCCGAGACACAGAGGUCUAUGGCUUCGACUAUGACUACACCCUGGCGUUUUAUUCCAGGAACCUCCACACCCUGAUCUUCAACAUAGCACGGGAUAUUCUUAUCACUAACCACAGGUAUCCAGAGGGUCUGCGAGAUUAUGAGUAUAUUCCUAAUUUUGCCGUGAGAGGACUUCACUAUGAUGUGCAGAAGGGACUGCUGAUGAAGAUAGAUGCUUUUCACUACAUCCAGUUGGGAACUGUGUACAGAGGUCUGGAUCCAGUUCCUGAUGAGGAAGUAAUUGCCAUGUAUGAAGGUUGCCAUGUACCUCUAGAGAACAUGAGCGACUUCUAUGGCAAGAGCUCCCAUGGCCAAACCAUGAAGCAGUUCAUGGACAUUUUCUCCCUGCCUGAGAUGACCCUGCUGUCCUGUGUCAACGACUUCUUCAUGAGGCACAAUAUCGACUAUGAGCCAGUGCAUCUCUACAAAGACGUGAAGGAAGCCAUUAGAGAUGUUCACGUCAAAGGCAUUAUGUACCGCGCAGUGGAGGCAGAUAUCGGGAAAUACAUUUGCUAUGGUGAGCAGAGCCAUGCUGUUCUGAAGAAGCUGGCUGAGCAUGGAAAAAAGAUGUUCCUCAUUACCAACAGCCCAUUUGACUUUGUGGAUCGAGGAAUGAACUUUAUCGUAGGGAAGGACUGGCGGGACCUGUUUGAUAUUGUCAUCGUUCAGGCCGACAAACCGGGUUUCUUUAACGACAGGAGGAAACCUUUCAGACGAGUGACAGACAAAGGUGCACUGCUGUGGGACAGGAUUCACAAGUUGGAGAAAGGGAAGAUCUACAAACAGGGAAACCUUUAUGAGUUCCUGAGACUCACCGGCUGGGGAGGAUCCAAAGUGCUCUACUUUGGUGAUCACAUCUACAGUGACUUGGCAGAUCUGACUCUGAAACAUGGCUGGAGGACGGGCGCCAUCAUCCCUGAGCUGAGGAAGGAGAUUAAGAUCAUGAACACAGAGGAGUACAUGCACAUGAUGGCCUGGCUACAGGCGCUGACUGGACUUAUUGAACAGAUGCAGGUUCACAGGGAUCCAGCAUCUCAAGCUGUCGUGGAGGAGUGGAUCAGCGAGAGAGAAGACAUGAGAGCACAGACGAAGGACAUCUUCAACCCUCAGUUCGGGAGUCUCUUCCGGACGUACCACAACCCCACCUACUUCUCACGCCGACUCUCACGCUUUGCUGACAUCUACAUGCCCUCCAUCAGCUGCUUGCUCAACUAUGACUUCCAGCACACCUUCUUCCCUCGCCGCACCCCCCUGCAGCACGAGUCCCCCUUCUGGCCUGAACACAGUCCUACUGGUGUUCCCCGGUCAGCUCCGGGGACUAAAGCAGAGUCCGAUUAGAGAGAAAGAGAGGGAGAUAUCAUUGAAAAAUCAUCUCCAUUGCUGAUCUAUUUAUAAAAAUAAAAAAAAAUUAUUAGGAUUUUAGAAGAUGCCACACAAGUACAAUUGGAAACAAUCAUGGUAAUAUGUAUUAGACUAGUUAGAUAUUUCCUCUCAAACUAUUCAGGAGGAGCAGUGGAUGCAGUUCUCAUUUCAAAGAUGGUGAACAUGUUUUUUAAUUGCACAGAAUUGAAGACAUUGAAUGCACUGAUAUUUUUAGGUUUACGUAUAUGUGUUACUGUUGGACUGUGUGUUUGUCUUGAGUGUGUUUGAGAGAAAGGGCUGCAUUUACACAGUCUAAACAAUAAGGGGCAGUCACACAUCAUGUCUACCAAGGCAAGGCAAGGCAAGGCAAGUUUAUUUAUAUAGCACUUUUCAACACAAGGCAAUUCAAAGUGCUUUACAAAAAAUGAAAGAGAUUAAGAAAAUGGCAUUUAAAAUCAGUCAUUAAAAAGAAAAGCUAAUAAAAUAAACAUUAAAAGAAAAAAUACAUGGAUAAAAGUUACAGUGCUGUCAAUUAAACAUUAAAAGAAAAAAGUACAUGGAUAAAAGUUACAGUGCAGUCUAAGAUAUGAAUAGUUCAAUUAAAAGCAGCGACAAAAAGAAAAGUCUUCAGCCUGGAUUUAAAAGUAGUCAGAGUUGCAGCGGACCUGCAGGUUUCUGGGAGUUUGUUCCAGAUAUUUGGAGCAUAAUAACUGAACGCUGCUUUACCAUGUUUAGUUCUGACUCUGGGGACAGAAAGCUGACCAGUCCCUGAAGACCAAGGACCUUUGUUGCAUCAUUUCUUCCCUCUCUUAUUACUUUGCUUUUCUGCUCUUUGCAUCUGUUACAAGAGACUGACGGUGAAAUAGUAAUGCUAGACAUUUCCAUAACAAACUUUGUUGCCUUACGGCCCGUCCACACAGCGGCGUUGGUUCUGCCCAUUCACUUUGAAUGGGGUGAGGUCACUUUUCGCCGAACUGCAUUGUGGGAAGCAGAGCGGAGCUUUCCUGGCGUUUCAGGCUGCAAAAGUUGAGCAAUGUUCAACUUUUGAAUCUUCUGAAGCUUUCGGUGGAAGCGUCAGCCAAUCAAUUCAUAUGCCAGUACAAGCUCUAGCCAAUCAAACCGCUGCUUGUGUGUCAGGGGCGGGAGAUUUAUGUGAUUGGUUGUUGGUCGAGCUUCAGACACGCCCGCCGGCAAGCUUUUUCCAAAGCCGCUGUGUGGACGGGCCAUUACUCUCUUUUUUCACAUUACUACAAUGUGUUUAUUUUUGUUACAACCACAUGUUCUCUAUGGUAAUCAAUAUUUUCAAAUGUUUUGCACCUGAGUUCAUUUCAUUUUGAGCUGCCGGCCAUGCUGCACAUUUAGGUUCAGAGAUCUCUGUAUUUGAUUGUCUGAACUCGUUUCUUACACCACAGCCACAGUGCUGAGAAAUGUUCAUAUUUUCAGGAAGAAAUAGAUAAUUGUUGCUAUAUUUAGCACAGGAGUUGCUAUUUGAUCUGUAUGGUGUUCAGAUCUGUGGGACCCGUUUUAAUUAUUUAGUUAAAGAAAAAUGAUAUGAUAAAUUAUUUUUUCAAACCCACACUCAA